UAACCAAUACGUGUCACACAACAAUACCAUCAAAUCAAGAAAAGAAAAUACUACAAUUUGUGUGUACUCAAUUUUCAACAAUUAAUGGCUUUCCCAAGGCUAAUUUUCUUGUUAGUUCUUGCAAUAAUUCCUCUUUGUAAUGCACAAGGCUUGAAACUUGGCUAUUAUCAGAAAACAUGUCCAGGAGCAGAGGCUAUUGUGCAAAAAAUAACUUCACAUUACAUCUCUAGAGCACCAACUCUAGCUGCUCCUCUUCUUAGGAUGCACUUUCAUGAUUGCUUUGUUAGGGGAUGUGAUGGAUCUGUACUGCUAAACUCAACAAAGAACAAUCCAGCAGAAAUAGAUGCAUUUCCAAAUCAAUCUCUUAGAGGAUUCCAAGUAAUUGAAGCUGCCAAAUCUGAAUUAGAACAAAAGUGUCCUGACGUUGUUUCUUGUGCUGAUAUUCUUGCUUUAGUUGCAAGGGAUGCAAUAUCAUUGAUUAAAGGACCAUAUUGGAAUGUUCCUUUGGGAAGAAGAGAUGGAAAAGUAUCAAUCAUGUUGGAAGCCCUUUUCAAUUUACCUCCUCCUUUUGCCAAUAUUACUACUCUUAAAGCUCAAUUUUCCUCUGUUGGUCUCAAUGCAAAAGACCUAGUUGUUCUAUCAGGAGGGCAUACCAUUGGAAAUUCUCAUUGUUCAUCCUUCACAAGUAGAAUAUACAACUUCACAGGCAAAGGGGACAGUGAUCCAACUAUGGAUGCUAACUACGUUGCCCGUUUGAAGAGUAAAUGCACGUCAAAUAAUGACGUGAAAACCAUAGUUGAGAUGGAUCCAGGAAGUUUCAAGACAUUUGAUGGAAGUUAUUAUAGUCUUGUGGCAAAAAGGAGAGGGCUUUUUCAAUCUGAUGCCGCCCUACUUGAUGAUAAUGAGACUAAAGCUUAUGUCAAAUUACAAGCUAUGUCUCAUGGAUCGACCUUUUUCAAAGAUUUUGCUGAAUCAAUGGAGAAAAUGGGAAGGAUUAGCGUUUUAACUGGCAAAGCUGGUGAAAUUAGGAAGCAUUGUUCCUUCAUAAAUUAAUUUAACUAGGGCAAAUUAUCUCUUCAUAUCUUUCUCUAUGUUUUCCUUUUUUAAUUUGCCUUCUUGAUUAUUAUUAUAUUUUCCUUAUGGUU